GCUCGGUCGGUUCCGCCUCUCCUCCCGACAAAACUCGGCUGUUCUCGCCGCGAAGCGUCCAAGUGGAGGAGGAAAAGGAAAAGGAGAAAAGGGGGGAGACUGUUCGUGUUCUGGUCAAGAAGGAAAAAGUACACGACAAUUAAAUACUAACAGCCGCCGCCAGCGGAGAGUGAAAGCGGCACGAACCGAGCGCGUCCGGCCGCUUCUCCACCGCCUCUGGUGUCAACACUGGUUGGGUUGUGACAGGGCGCCGUGAGCCACAGAGCGGAGGGAAAGGUCUCCUCCCAGCCUGUUGACGGACACAGUUGGGCUUCAGUGGACGGAGACACGGCCAGACCUGACUGCACGGUACACCGGCCAGUGUUGUGUCGCCCAGGAUGUCUUCAAAGCCUCACAGCUCCAACAACAUCGCCCAUGCCCGGCGGACGGUGCAGCAGCUGAGAAUAGAGGCGAGCAUUGAGAGGAUAAAGGUAUCCAAGGCCUCUGCAGACAUCAUGAACUACUGCACCGAACACGCCAGGAACGAUCCUCUGCUCAUGGGCAUCCCUGCUUCAGACAAUCCCUUCAAGGACAAAAAGCCCUGCACUAUAUUGUAGUGGAUGCCACUUAGCCUUUACGUGUUUGUUUUUUGGCUUAUUAAUGUUGCUGUACUCUUUUUGUUGGGAGGAGUAGAGGGCUGGACUGUGACCGUACUAUUACCAUGUGUUCACCUGUUAACAACCCAACCGUGAUUUUCUCAAAAGCAGCCGUUUUUAUCGAGCAGAGAAACGCUGUGCGGCGCCCGUUAGCCUGAUUACUCACUGAAACUAUUGACCUGAGCUGCUCCACUCGAGCUCUGACCACUAACAAAACUUGAAUUGUGAUGACAUCGGGUACGUAGCGUUGCUUGAACAUCUAAAGCGUGUGGAGCUCCUUGCUGAUGGAUUCGCUUCGUCCUCUGUGCACGGCCUUGUCUCCAGCAGGCAACGACUGUUAUUUUCUCUCUGGUUUGCCUUAAAUGGAUGCAUAGAGCCGAAGUUCCCUCCUGUCCUUUACAAGUAAAUCAGUUUUAGGUGAACAACAAACCAAUCCCUACAGUAUUCUGUGCAGAUCACUAAAUUCAGGAUUCAGUAUUGACCCUGAGCUUCCUCUCAGAUGCUACCGUGACGUGUUGUUGGUAGAGGCCUGGUGUUAAAUCAGCGGCUCUUACUGCUCCUCGACAAUCUGCCUCCCUUUUAAUCGACUGUUUUCCUGUCGCAGUGUUGUCUUCGGCUGAUUUAUCGAACCGUCGUGUCGAGAUAAACUUCACACCUUUAGUCAUCUUUGCUCAGAUUCAGAUUUCCAAAGCUUUUGGAAAGUCAGCUGUCCAUGUCAGAUAAAAACGCUUCGUCACGGCGCUCGCAGGGCAGGUUUUUAUUCAACUGUUGACAUUGGAUGCACAACUACACUGUGUCAGGAGAACUUUGGGACCAAGCCAGACCCACAGCACUGCAUUAUGAAGCAUCUCAAUGUCGUCUGAAUAGGACCGUUUUAGCCAUUCCUUCUGUAAAACGUCUGUGGUACGUCUUUCUUUCUUUUUUGAGGACGCUGAUGUCAGCACUGUGAGCCACGCCCACUCGCUCAUCACAACAGGUGUCUUAGUCAAGUGAACGUGCGCGUCUUUGUCUUUUUAAGUGUUGUAGGCACGUGUGUGUGCAUUGAUGAUAAAACCACUCCUUUGUUUGUGUCGGUGGGGGGGGGGCUUCAGUCGAACAUGUCCUGCAUGUUGUGAUUCGCUGGGGGGGGGAAAUAUCCGCUGUGGUAAAUUUAACAAAAAGAACAGAAUAGAUAGAAUAAAUUAAAUCUUUCUUCACUCUAAAGCCUUACUUAUGUUUGCCUUGUAUCAUGAAGAAAACUCUUGAUGGGAGUACUCUCUUUAAAAACAAGAAGAUGCUGUUUGUAUGAACCGUUUUUAUCUGCUGGUUUGUAACGUGCCAUCUGUUUCUGUGUCACUAGCAAAACAACUCGUGUUUCACUCACUGGUGCUUUUUCUGCAGUUUCUGUAUCGUUGCCUUCUCCAAAGGGUACUUUCAGGUCUUCAAAUCAUCAAGUGUUAAUAUUAAUUUGUAUUUUUUAUGACUGUCUCCAGCAGUCAGUUCUUCUUACUUGCAAUAAAUCCAUCCUGUACGCCUCCUACAGAAACAUCCAGAUCACCACUGCCAUGAUCUCUGUCCACUCACAGCAACUCUGUAACAGCCUUAUUGUACCGUCGAUGGAUUAAUUUAACUGUCAAAAUCUGCAUUUUGAUAAAUGUCUUUAUUAAUAUACCAACAUUUGUAUGAAGACUUAACUAAGAUUAAUAAAGUGAAGCAUUCCUACAGUACCACACUGUA